AUGAGGAUCAAAAUACUGCCACUCCUCGUCGUCGUUGGACUGGCGAAUGCCGUGCCGGGGAUUCGUCGAGCGCCUCCUCCUAUACAACCAUCAGAUCCUCCAAGCAAACAGCUCUGGGACUCAGUCGUCGGAGGGUUUCGAGAAUGGGGCCUCAACGGUGACUUGCAGCCCCCGCCAAAUCGCAACGCGCCUCUGAAAGAAAUGCCAUUUGGACUGGGGUUGCCCAAGCCGCGGCAGCGUAAGAUCCCCGCCGGCUCCAUCGUCAGAGUCGGAGUGACUCGAGCCCAGGGCCAGCCCUCGGGGCGGCAGACAUGCAGCAAGCCGUGCUGGAGAAAGAGGCAACUCUGCUGCGACCUGGGCGAGCUGGGAAAGCCGACCAAGCCGAAGAAUCCUGGCAGCAAGCCUGACAGAGGAAGCAAGGUACGGGUGAACAAGGCGGCGGUAGCGAGGACAGCUGCCAUUGCCGUGUUGACGCCGCUGGCAAAGGCCCUGCUGAAUGAGCUUCAGCGAUGGGACAACGUCGUCGGACGUGCUGUGCGCUGGUUUGAAGCGACGGUAGCGUCCAUCCAGAGGGCGAUUGGAGGCUCGCCGCGGCAUGACAUUGACGGAAGUGACCUCAAGGCGGCUUUUCUAUGUGCGUUGAAGGGAGGACGGGCAGAAGACAACAUUUUCGGACGCAAGAACAAGCUAUGCACCCCGAUGGAGGACGAAUUCAAGGACAGUCUCCAGGCCAAGUUUCGAGAGGGAAAGAUUGAUGAGCUCAUGACGUUGUGCAGAAACGCCGGGACCUACAGGGGCGGCGACGUUCACGUCUGGAACUGGUCGAGGAGAUACUGCGAUGCCUUUUAUCGCACUGACGAAUACGCACAGCGAAUAUGGGAGAUGGGACUCGACGGGCUCGUGGAUUCUUGCUCUGAGCUCGAGGUCAAUCCUCCAGGCGACCAGAGGCUUCGGGCCAACCUGGAAGCACGCUGUACCGAGUUCCUCCAAGGUCUGACAGACGCGUAA